AAGAGCACAUGACUGUCAGCUGGUUCGCGUCACGUGACUGCGCUGUACAAGAUGGCAGGAUCCGGAUAUUCAAGUCAACAGCUAUUUAUGGCUUUUAUUGCGGUUUUAUUUGUUUUUUUCGCUACGGGGAGCGCCACUUCUCAAGUGCCAUUUCUAAUAUGGUCUACCGGCAGCUUACCACCGCUGGCCUCACCUGCAGCUGGUCACAUCACAUCUGGUGACAAGUUGACCUCCUACCUCACUUCUGCCUUCGGCUCAGGCUCCCACACUGUGCUGCUGUUUCUGCAGGAUAAGCUCAGCAAAGAUGACUUCACAGUCUUUGGUGGAGUGUUCGGAGAUAAGACAGAUAGUGCCUUUCAAAACGUUGAGGCUGCACUGGAAGCUUCUUCCUCGUCGGUGAUUCUUCCUGCGGUGGAGUGGUCAAGCCCCGCUGCUGUCUCCACGUGGCUGCAGGAAAAGCUCGCUGUCUCUCCUCUGCUUGUAGAUACAGAUGCUCCAUCACAUCUCAGCAUCAGUUCAUCUGGCAACAACCUCCUGCUCGUAAAACUUCCAUACUGCACAAACUUGCACAAGUCAUGCAAAGCAACCCUGCAAAACAAUGAUAAGAUUAUUGGUGAAGUUCUGAGUGCUGUGAAAGCCAAAAAUGCCCCCUACACGGCCAUAUACACUGGACGCCAGCCAUCACGAAUGAUCUCAGAGGCAUUGGUUUCUAAUCACGGCGUGGGUCGGUCCUUGCUCCAGACAGUUGGAGCAAAUGUUAAAUCACCCAUCAUGUAUAACAGUACAGGAAGUCCUUGCAUAAUGCUUUGGGCUGAGAAUCUCUAUGUCAGCCUUCAUCAGACUACAAACUGGACUGACGUUGCCACACAAGUACCUUCUUUGUCAGGAUCCCAGUGUAACGGCAGUCAUUCUCAUCUUGUCCUCGCUUAUCCAUCAGGGAUUACUCUAAGUUUCAGCAUGAGUGUGCAGUUCUAUCCAGUGUCUGCACGAAACUGGUUCACUCUGGACUCUGUGGAGUUGGAGUUUAAUGGGGAAGUUGCAUCAUUCAUUGGGUCACGGGGCAUCUACGCACCUUCAGAGUAUUCUUUCCACUGCCAGUCUGUCACCAGCUUUGAGGAUGCUCUUCUAGUGCCAAACACCACCACUGGAAACUCAUCCAUGUGGAAGCUCAAUUUUGUCGACUUCCAGAUUCAGGGCUUCGGUUUGGCAAAUGGAACUGAUUUCUCGUAUGCCAGUGACUGUGCAGGGUUCUUCACACCAGCCAUUUGGAUGGGCCUGGUGACCGUACUGCUCAUGCUGUUAAUUUUUGCAUAUGGGAUGCAUAUGCUCAUGCACCUGAACACAAUGGACCGAUUUGAUGACCCCAAAGGGCCGUCAAUUUCAGUGCCUCAGUCAGAGUGAAACACACACACACACACACACACACACACUCUUCAGUCCUUUAGUGCCUCCUGGGAGAACUUCCUUGUCAGCAAUGUUUUGAGUGUUUGUCUUGAGGAUAUUUAUGAGCAAGAUUGACCUUUCAUUUGUUUUUGUCUGUUCUUUUCUUUUCUGAAUCAUCCUGCUUGUGCCUUUUUUUUUAUAUUGUUGAACUGCAAUAUGGAUUCCAUUUAGUCUCACCUCACUUGCCAAUGCCAGAAUUCAUGAAACUUUGUAUAUUUGAAUACAUUGAGUGAAUGUGCUAAAAUGUUGUUGCCAACUAAAGUAGUUUUUUAUUAAAUUGCACUCACCAGAGAUUGCCUUCUUUGUAAACAUGGAUGUAUUUCACAUCUCAUUUCUUCCGUGGUAAUGCUGUAAUUUAAAGACCAAUGAUUUUGUUUUUGCACAUCAUGUUUGUUUUGAAGGAAUGCUAUUUUGGAAUUUGGUAAGGCAAUGUCACCUGAAGCAGACUCCCCCCCACCACCACCCUGGAUGGGUCAUCAUUGUGACUCCUCAAAGCAAUCACAUUAGUUGCAAAUCAGAACUAAAUUACAUCUCUUAUCACAUGUGGAAGUUCUCCCAAAUCAAAUGCAAAACAUAUGGCAUUUUCACGUAAUUUUGGAAAAA